AUGGAUACUGAAAUAGAUCGUGCUCCGAACCUUAUGGGUAAAUACCUUUUAGCCGGUUGGGUCAUGACUAAUACCGUCUGUCCUAUACAAAAUUGCAAUGUUCCGUUAUUACGUUCCAAAGAUAAUACAGUAUGGUUUUGCGUUUUGUGCGAUAAAGAACCUGGAAAUUCAAAAUCAGAAACGAAGCAACAACCUAAUAUUUUACCACCAGUUACAAUUGUAAAUGAAAUUAAUGAUGAUGAUGAUAAAGUAGAUUCAGUUCAACAAAAUUCAAUACCGCCACCUUCACAAUAUGAUGAGAUUCAAAUGCGACGUGAUCAAUCUCAGCGUGCCUCACAUUUAAUUGCUCAACAUUUAUUACAAGGAUGGGCUCUAAUCGAUCAAAUUUGUUUAAAUGUUACAUGUUAUGGUGUACCCUUAAUUAGAUCCCGUGAUAAAAAGAAAUAUUGUGUUAUAUGUCAAAAUUAUUAUGUGAAUGAAUCUGAAUUAGGCCUCAUGAAACAUCAUAUAACUGGAAGUGUAGAAUGA